AUGUCUUGGCAAGAGAUUGCAAAAGAUAAGAAAGAUCGGAUCGACGCCAGUAUUCCUCCGGAAUGGCGUUUGAAAUCCCAGCCUACCGAGGAUAAUGUGAUGGAGUAUACUAAUAUUGGUGAUGUGAUGUCUACUGACGAGAUUUCCAUCACAAACUCAUCAGCUACUGAUCUUGUAGCCAAGAUGGCAAAGGGUGAAUUGACUUCCGUUGAAGUAACAACGGCAUUUUGUAAAAGAGCUGCUCUAGCCCAUCAACUUCUAAACUGUGCUCUCGAAUUCUUUCCUGAGAUGGCUCUUGCACGUGCUAAGGAAUUGGAUGAGCACUAUAAGAAAACGGGAAAAACAAUUGGUCCACUUCAUGGUCUACCAAUCUCUUUGAAGGAUCAAUUCAGAAUUAAGGGUCUGGAGACAUCCAUGGGAUAUGUCUCAUGGCUUGGCAAAUACGAAGAUGACAACUCAAUCCUCGUGAAGCUUUUACUCAAAGCCGGGGCCGUCUUUUACAUGAAAACCAGUGUGCCCCAAAGUUUGAUGUGCUGUGAAACGAUCAAUAAUAUUAUCGGGAGAACAGUGAAUCCUUAUAAUAAAAAUUGGUCGUGCGGUGGUUCAUCAGGUGGUGAAGGUGCAAACAUUGCUUUCCGAGGUGGAAUCAUUGGUGUUGGGACUGAUAUCGGUGGCUCUAUUCGUGUACCAGCGGCAUUCAAUUUCUUGUAUGGCUUACGUCCAAGUCAUGGCCGUCUUCCUUAUGAUAUGCGAUUGUUUGUGGAAUCCGUUCUAGCGGAAGAACCUUGGAAAUUUGAUGCUAAAGUUGUUCCUAUGCCAUGGAGGCAAUCAGAAGCCAAUGUUAUAAAGUCUAGAAUUUCGGAUGGUGGCUUGACGAUUGGAUACUAUGAUUUUGAUGGUAAAGUGCUACCUCAUCCUCCAAUUCUUCGUGGAAUCAAAAAAGUAGUCGAUACUCUGAAACAAAAUGGGCAUCAAGUCUUCGAAUGGAAGCCCUACAAGCAUGACCAUGCUCAAGAUCUCCUCAACAAAAUAUACAGUUCAGAUGCUGGAAAGGAUAUUCGCACCGACCUUUCCGCAUCCGGCGAGCCUCCUAUCCCCAACAUAGCCGACAUUGCAAACACAACCGACGCCCCUCUCUCCCUCAACGAACUCUGGGACAUCAAUCUCCAAAGAUGGGCAUACCAAUGCGAAUACCUCGAGCAAUUUCGACUCAUGGAAGAAAAACUCGGUAGGGAAAUCGAUGCGAUUGUUGCGCCUGUAGCGGCGACGGCGGCGAUUCGUCAUGAUCGGUUUGUGUAUUAUGGGUAUACGAAUGUGAUCAAUUUGUUGGAUUUCACGAGUGUGGUGGUGCCAGUGUUGUUUGCGGACAAGGAGGUGGAUGGGAGGAAGGAGGGGUAUGAGGGGUUGAGUGAGGUGGAUGGAGUGGUGCAGGGUGAAUAUGAUCCGGAAGCAUAUCACGGAGCACCAGUUGCUGUGCAGAUUAUUGGGAGGAAAUUGACUGAAGAGAGAAUCAUUGAAAUUGCAGAGGAGAUUGGGAGAUUGUUGGGGAAUAAAAUUGUAUCUUGA